AUGGAAGACUACCAGGCCGCCGAGGAGACUGCUUUUGUUGUUGAUGAAGUGAGCAACAUCGUAAAAGAGGCCAUAGAGAGUGCCAUCGGGGGCAACGCCUAUCAGCACAGCAAAGUCAAUCAGUGGACCACAAACGUAGUGGAACAGACCUUAAGCCAACUCACCAAGCUGGGGAAACCAUUUAAGUACAUCGUGACCUGUGUGAUCAUGCAGAAGAACGGCGCGGGCCUGCACACGGCAAGCUCCUGCUUCUGGGACAGCUCCACCGACGGGAGCUGCACCGUGCGAUGGGAGAACAAGACCAUGUACUGCAUUGUCAGCGCCUUCGGACUGUCUAUCUGA